AUGGCAGCCCCGUAUCGUCUUCAGCUUGGAGUAGGAGUCGAGUCGCUGGUGACUUGCAAGGACCAACAAGGUCGCGUGCGCGACGUUGUCUUGCAAGAAAAACUGGGACCGACGCAAAGAGGAGACGACGUUCAGGACGUGGUAGACCAAACACCCAUCGUUAUCGCCCUUACAAUUGAGAACAGAUUGGAUAAAUUCGCGAGUUUUUUGCAACGUCUACAGAGGUUGAUGGCUAAUCGUGAUGAAAAUAUAACACUCACCACAGUUCUUUACGUGGGCGAAGAACUAGAAAUUUUGAAACUCCGUGAUAUACUGCAGAAAGCCCAGCUGGAGACGCCGCAUCUAAUUUUAGAGCUCAUCACUAUCCAAGGAAAUAAAGUUGAGAAGCUGUCAAGAAACUUUAUAUUUGACAGUCCCACAACAAAGCUGGAAGAGGCGAAGGACUGA